AUGAUCCAAAGGAUGAUUUGUUGUCAUCGUCAGAAAGAGUCGGUGAAUUCAUUUAGAUCCGCUUAGCUAAUUCCGCUAGAAAAAGCCAAAGCGUAUCUCUGAAUGUUGAUAGUUAAAAGGCCGACACCGGAUUAUGCAGAAAUAUGAAAAACUGGAAAAGAUCGGCGAAGGUACUUAUGGAACCGUUUUCAAAGCAAAACACAAAGAAACGCACGAGAUAGUGGCGCUGAAGCGAGUAAGGCUUGACGAAGACGAUGAGGGUAUCCCCAGCUCAGCUCUGAGAGAAAUUUGCAUCCUGAAGGAAUUGAAGCACAAGAAUAUCGUAAGGCUACAUGAUGUAAUGCAUAGUGAACGAAGGCUGACAUUGGUAUUUGAGUACUGUGAUCAGGAUCUCAAAAAAUACUUUGACAGCUGUCAGGGCGAUGUUGACACAGCUGUUGUCAAGUCAUUCAUGUAUCAGCUUUUAAAGGGCCUAGCCUUCUGUCACAGUUGCAAUGUACUCCACAGGGAUCUGAAGCCUCAAAACCUCCUCAUUAAUAAGGAUGGUGAACUCAAGCUUGCAGACUUUGGUCUUGCCAGAGCUUUUGGCAUUCCUGUCCGUUGUUACUCAGCCGAGGUGGUAACAUUAUGGUACCGUCCUCCAGAUGUCCUCAUGGGGGCAAAGCUCUACUCCACAUCCAUAGACAUGUGGUCUGCUGGCUGUAUUUUUGCAGAAAUGGCCAACGGGGGCAGACCUCUCUUUCCUGGAAACGAUAUCGAUGAUCAACUGCGACGUAUUUUUAAAAUCCUAGGACCACCCUCUGAAGAAACAUGGCCCAAUGUGAUCAAACUUCCAGAUUACAAGGACUUUUCGCAUCUUCAAGGCGCCGGGGCCGUUUCGUUUGCUGUGGUUGUACCCAAACUGUCCGCUGCGGGAAGAGAUUUGUUGCAGAAACUCUUGGUUCUUAAUCCAGCUCACAGAAUAUCAGCGGAAGACGCCAUGCGUCACACGUUUUUCGCCGACCUCAGCCCAACGUUUCGUGCCUGAAGCACUCAAUAGUGACAUCAUUAUCUAAACAGACUACACGAAUUUUAUGAGCAGUCAUAUGUUCUUCCAAUAGAAAAUGAAAUCCUAUCGUAAUCAUAUUUUAUGUAACCUCAUCAAUGUGUACAUAAAUGUGCAAUAAAGUUUUAUCAAUGAACAGAA